AUAAUAAUUUUACAGUAUGAUAUGACCUGCACAUUUGAACCUAAGGGUGGUUUAUGGUGAACGGGAAUGUGUCGUUUCAGUGCGUAAAGCUUCUUAAAGCGCCGUCUGGCUGUGCGCGUUUGCGCGGUUCGCCACAUAGACGGAGGACUCUUUACCACAAAGGCGUGGGGCGUUCAGGAAGCUCUGCGGGUUAUCUAAACGUUGAAAGACGCAAUGCAAAAAGGUCAAAAUGUUUAUAUUAUUUUUUUAAGGGAGGCGCUGAGCUCUCCUUUCCGCCUGAUUGGCCGAACUUGACAGAGAUUGACGUGCAUCCAUGGCAACCGCGCAACCAAUCUGCCAAGUCCAAUAGGAAAUCAUCGGAGGGGCUUGACUGGCUUUUUCUCCCCCUUUAAAAUACAUCUCAGCUCCUAAUUCCUCCCUACAUUCAAUCCCAGUGUAUCUUUUUUUUAAAUCUGCGCGGUCCAGGCGUGCGUUUUCUUGCAUCUUUAUUUUUUUUUCUUGUCGGCCAAGUUCGCCAAGGCCGAGGAUGCGGUAGCCGGUCCCCACGCGCGGCGUCCCUCCUCCUGGUUUGGUGUUUGCAUUCUUCUCGGCUAAUCAGGCGAUUGGCUCGAUAAGUUUGGGAUUGUCUUGUUUUUUCUGGCCGCCUUGGAUUCCCUUGGCUAACCCGGGAGAAGACGAAGAGGAGCGAGCCGAGGCGUCGGGGACAGCGAGCGAGGACAACGGAGGGGGUGAAGGAAACACUGGAGAAGCCUCCAUGUUCCAGUUGCCCAUCUUGAAUUUUAGCCCCCAGCAGGUCGCCGGGGUCUGCGAGACCCUGGAGGAAAGCGGGGACGUCGAGCGCCUCGGCCGCUUCCUCUGGUCGCUGCCGGUGGCGCCAGCGGCCUGCGAGGUCCUCAACAAAAAUGAGUCGGUGCUGAGAGCACGCGCCGUCGUCGCCUUCCACACCGGCAAUUUCCGUGAACUCUACCACAUCCUGGAGAACCACAAGUUCACCAAAGAGUCGCACACGAAGCUGCAGGCGCUCUGGCUCGAAGCGCACUACCAGGAGGCUGAGAAGCUGCGGGGGCGCCCGCUGGGGCCCGUGGACAAAUACAGGGUGCGGAAGAAGUUUCCUCUUCCCAGAACCAUCUGGGACGGAGAGCAGAAAACUCACUGCUUUAAGGAGAGAACCAGGCACUUGUUAAGAGAAUGGUAUUUGCAGGAUCCGUACCCGAACCCCAGCAAAAAAAGGGAGCUUGCACAGGCUACUGGACUUACACCCACACAAGUGGGAAACUGGUUCAAAAACCGCAGACAAAGAGACAGAGCGGCUGCUGCCAAGAACAGGCUACAGCAGCAGGUUCUGUCCGGCGGCUCGGUUCGCUCACUGGCGGAUGAUGAUGGCACCGUGGACCGCCUGGGUAAUUCAUCCAGUCCGGAGGCCAGUUUGUCCAGCAAAGCGGCCGCCUCGGCCAUCUCCAUCACCUCCAGCGACAGUGAAUGUGACAUCUGACGGGCAGGAAGAAAAAAAGAAGAAGAGGGGGAUUGGUGUGAAAGACAAUCUAAUAAAACAAGUAAUAGUGCCUGCGUUGAGUUCAAAAGAAAAAAUAUAUAUAUCACACACAAACUGAUCAUUGACAGCUGCCAAAACAUGGGGGGAGAUCCGUGACGCGCGGAGAACUGCCUGUCCUCUUUAGGCCUGUAUACUGUUGUUGCCCAUGUGUGGAAAACAGAAAAUGGAUUUCACGGACUACCAGGAAAAAGAAAAAGAAAAAAUCAACAAAACAAACAAAAAAAGUAAGAAAAAAAGGGUGAAGUGGAUGAGGGGAUCCAAACUCGCCUAACCUGCUGUUCUCUGUGGGUAUUUCAUGUUGAAAAGGACUGUGAUAUUUUUACUUUGAGGUUUUAUAAAUAAUGUUUAUUUGCUUAUUUAAAACGACCUGCUCUACUGUCUCUUGGAAUUUCGUAUUCAUUUGCUUGGUGUUUUUAAUACUUACCUUGUGCACAGGUCAACCUGUUGAGCAUGCGCGCUUUAGUGAAAUUGUGUUUCAGUAAAAAUAAAAAAAAUAAAAAAUAAGCAGUAAAGAUAACUUAAUAAAAUAACUGUUGAUCAAGACAGCUUUACUUUUAGUCUUUAUUAUUACGAAAUCCUCUGGAUGAAGAAUUCUUCUGUUUUUGAGCGUUUUUUCUUCUUUUUUUUAAGAUUACAAUGGUGCGGUACUGAAACCACUGACACGUUUCGGAGCGAGGUCUAAUUGGCCAACAUGCUUUGCGUCCUCUAAUGCAGGGUGACAGCGAGAGGUCGCGGAGAGGCCGGCUCGCUAACCCGGAUGAUCCGCAGGAGAGAUCAUAGAGAUCAAAACACAGCAGAUUGCGGACCUGAGUUUAAACCGCACACAAAAACACGCUCCUUAAAACGCCCGUGUGAGCUGUUUUUACGCACGACGCUGCAGGAUUCGGGCCCGCGUGAAUAUUUAAAGCUUCAAAAUUUUCAAGUCAGCUUGAUUCAUCUUCUGAUGCAGCAUCUUUUAGCUUUUCAUUCUCCUUCCUUCAUUUUUUCCUUCACACCUGAGUACCUAACUUCAAUUUUUUACGCAUUUACUUCCAGAAGUCUUGCUCCCAUGCGCCAAAGUUUGAAAGGGCACAACCAAACUAAAUGAGAAAUUAUACGCCAUCUUUUUUCCGGUUGAUGUGGCAACCACCUGGCCUGCACCCCCACCCCCUUUUUCCAAUUUGCCAUUAACGAGGCUACAGUAACUUAUGAAACAGACAAAAGCCUUUCAGUUUGGACAAAACAGAAGCCAAAAACUUGUUAAAAAGAGAGGAAACGAGUGGAAAAAAGAGAAAAAAGAAGGAUUUCUUUUUGGGAUAUAUCCCCCUCCCCACACUCUUCCAAACGACUCUGACAAAAAGCCAAAUAUUUCCGUUUCUUUUGAGUGUGAGGACGUCUGGGAGACCCAAUGAAAAAGUCUUUCUCGCAGUCAAUAAGGUUGUCAAACUGGUCAGCGGUAAUCAGUGCUAAUGAUGAGUCUGGGGUCCCAGCUCGGACAAAAGGGGCCCUACCGCUGUUUUGUGAGGAGAAGCGACUCUCCAAAGAAAAGGCUUCUGUCAGUAAAAAAAAAAAAAAAAA